UCGUGGUCGCGCGCUGCUCGUUCUGAAGAGGAAGAAGGAUCACGCGACCUCGCUCGGCACUCGAACGAAAGGAAAGCCAGUCUUGAAACGCGUCUGCACACCGCCUCAGAAUGGCCAAGAAGCGACAGAAUUCUUCUUCCACUGCGGUCGACGCCACCUCAAAAGGCGCCCGCACCAACGCCGUCGAUCGCACCGCGGGCACCACUGACGUCAGCAGGAAGGACAGCCGCGGCAGAUCGACGGUCUGUUACCCUCUCACGUCGCCGGGCAGACCGGACGCCAGACCCUCGACCGGGCAUACGGAGACGGUGGGUGCGCCGCCCACUGACCCUCGAGACGGCAGCCCUCAUUCUUCAGCGCGCAGACUCAGAAAGGCCAAGAAUAAGAAACCGAAGGCUCCCACCGCUCUGGCCGAAGAGGCCCCGGCAAGAAUCACCAGUGCCACGGAGACAGCUGCGCCAAGCACCAUGGAUGCCGCCGUGGGCGCCAAAGACGCCGGCUCGAUGAACACACACCGCUUAUCGGCAUUCACGGCGGUAUCACCGCCCAGCAAACUGGGGACUAGCCACUCCGUCUUAGGACAGCCAGAGGUGGUUGCAUCCACGACUUCGGCAUCUCACGUCACCAGCAGCGUGACGCCACUCGAUCACGUCCUCGUCUUCGGUCACGGCAAGUUCCAGUGGGUCAUCCUGUUCUGUACGCAGCUGGCCGUCUUCUGCAACGCGGUCCACGCCUCGGCCAUGGUGAGCCGGGCGAAACCCGUCGACCACUGGUGCAGACAGCCGGCCGGGUAUGGCAACUUGCCGCCUGAGGUGUGGAAGAACAGCAGCAUCCCCGUCCAGGAGGACGGUUCGCACAGCCGCUGCUUCCGCUACGAACCGCCGUUCGCGCCGUACGACGCAGGCGACAACUUGUCUUCGACGUUUCCCUGCGACGCGGGAUGGGCCUACGCCGCUUCGAUCCACACCUCCAUCAUAGCCGAGUGGGACCUAGUGUGCCAUCGACGUUGGAUAUUGCUCGCAAUGGCGGCAAGCUACAUGGGCAGCACGGUCGUCGUCAUGCCAGUCGCGGGUGUAGCGGCCGACCGGGUCGGUCGGGUUCCGGUGCUGGCCGUCCCGCUGUUCGUCCUGAUAGUCGCCGGCACCACGCUCACCUUCGCCACCACGCUGCUCGUGUUCACCAUACUGCGCGUCCUCGUCUCCGUUUCGGUCGGGAGCCUGCUCAUCGCGGCCUUGGUGCUCCUCUUGGAGGUGACCGAUUCAUCGCACCGCGUGCUCUACUGCUCCAUCGCCAUCACCGGUGGAGUCUCGACCGCCAACGCGUACGGCGAGAUCGUGUACGACCUGACCGACGGAUGGGUACUCGUCCAAAUGGUGAACAUGCUCCCCAGCGCGCUGCUCAUCGGCGCGGUCUACAUCGUCGAGGAGUCGCCGAACUGGCUCCUGGCUACGCACAGGUUCCGGCUCCUGUGCAAGAUGGCGAUGUCGGCGGAGCAGACGAACGGUGCCAACCUAGAACACGCGGCUAAGCGGCUGGAAGGCUUCCGCAAGGAGGACAGGCGGUCCAGAAGCGAGAGCUUGAGCGAGGGGCUCAACGAGGCGUCGCCCCUGGAGGUGUUGACCGACCCGUCGUUCCGCUCCGCGACCCUUGUCGCGUUCGGCUGCUGGUUUCUGGCGAUGAGCCUCUUCGGCCAGCUCCGAGGUAGCCGCGAUGCCCUACCCGUCUACUAUGUCCAGAUCGCGCUCGAAUGCCCCGCCGUGACGGCCAGCAUCUUCCUGCUCGAGCGCAAGGGGCGACACAUCGCCACCGCCAUCUGCGUGAUCGCCCUCGGCUUCCUCGGGGCGGCGCUCGGAGCCUUCUGCUUCAUUUUACAGGGUCCUUCGGGCGGUGAUGGUUUGGCGCGCCACCUCGAGACGACCGUCCGCGUGGCGGCGCUGCUGGCCGUCGACUCGGUCCAUCCAUCCAUCCAUCGGUCGUUGUCAGCCUCUGCGUCAUCACGGUCGAGAUGUACCCGACCGUGCUCAGGGCCGGUGGCCUGGCCUUCGCCUAUGGGGACGGUCGGUUGGGCGCCAUCGCCGCGACCUUCGCGAGCUCCGGCUCUCGCCCGGGUCGGGGCGUCGAGCUCGCCGUGGUCUCGCUGCUGCUGGUGGCGUUCGGCGCCCUGGCCAUGGUCGCGAUGCCCGAGACCACCAAGAUCCACGCCACGAACACGUCCCCCGUGGUCGACGCGCGCACGGCCGAGAGGGACAAGUGGAUGCUCGACGCGCCCCUGAGGCUCGCCCGAGGCAGGCGAGCGUCGAGCAUGGUCCACACGGGGCGCAGGAGUUCGGCCGUCUCGCCAUCCUGAAGCAUUUCCAACCGCCUGCCCAUUUCGGCGAAACUAUUUCUUCGACUCCAGCGACCCUAUAAGCCAUGUGCACCGCUGAACCUAUGACAUUGAAAGGGCUGUGGGAGCUUUGGAAAUAACCAUGCGGAUAGUUUAUUUCUUUGUUACAUCAUAGAUAUUUGUGUGCGUGUGACGAAGGUAUAGGCUGCUGUCGUGUU